AUGGCGCAAGCCAAUCCCACCGAGGGACCCAUUGAAAAGGAGUUGGAGGUGGCCCUCCGCAACAUGAAGAAGGAUUCGCACAGAUACGGCGGGGCGCUGGUGCUGAAGGAGCUCGCCCGUAACGCGCCGACGCUGUUCUACCUGCAUGUGUCCGAAUUCUUCGACUGCGUGGGGGAGGGACUCAAGGACCCGAACAUCGCGGUCCGGGAGUGCACGCUGGAGGCCCUGCGCUGCGCUCUAUCCCUCGUCUCCCACCGGGAACACAACCACCGCCAUCAGUGGUACCACGCUAUCUACCAGGACGCCUUCGAGGGUCUCAUGGCCAAGUCGGUCACGCCAGCUGUCGUCCACGGCUCCCUGCUUACAAUGGGUACAGGCGCGAUUCUAGCUGAGCUUCUGGUGGCAACGGACUGGAUGGAGCCGCGAUAUCGAGUGCUCUGCGAGAAAGUGCUGCAAUUCAAGGAUAACAAGGACAAGAUGGUGGUCAACACCGUGAUUACGCUCCUGCCGAUCCUGGCCAACUUCUCGCCGCAGCAGUUCAACGAACUCCUUCUCAAGGACGCGGUCGCGUGGCUCCUCACCAUUCUCGAAAAGAAAGGCGACAUCAGCAAACCGGAAGCGUUCCUCGCUCUCGGCCAAAUUGCCAAGGCAUCAGGCAAGCAACCGAUGAAGCCCUACGUGGCGGCGGCCAUGGAACGCGUCGGCGAGUCAUUGGACCCCAAGAAGCAGAGUUCCAGCCAGGCUCUGCAGUGUCUGGGCCUGCUGGCAGAGGCCAUGGGCUCUGACAUCCUGGUCACUGUUUCCACCGUCGAGCUCCUCAGUAAGAUGUUUUCGUCUGGGCUCACGAGCAGCCUAAUCGACUGCCUGCGUCAGUUAUCCGGCAAAGUCAACGCAUUGCUACCGCGCAUCCAGGAGGCACUGAUGGACGAGAUAUCGUGGAUCCUGGCGGGCAAAGCGUUCGCAAACUUUCAGCAAAACGACGCGGUGAGCCUCAAGAAGAGCGUAGCGCUGGCGGGCGCCAUGCGGCCGGUGCUUCCCAUGAGAUACACCUACCCCGACAAGGACAAACCAACGCAACUGGCGCUGGAGACAUUGGCCACAUUCAACUUGCAAGUCAACGUGUACAAUGUGGCCGAGUUCAUCCGCGAGAUCGUCGUCAGCUUUCUCGACGAUGACGAACCGGACAUACGGCAGGCAGCAGCGCGCACGUGUACGUCCAUCAUGGGAAGAGCCGAACAGACCGACAGGAAGAUGGCCCCGAUGGUCAACGAGGUCGUAGAGAAGCUCCUGAUCGUAGGCAUAUCCGACGCAGAGCCCAAGAUCCGAGAAACCGUGUUCUCCUUUCUCAAGCACGGGUUCGAUCAGUACUUGAUCCGAGAGCUGGCCAUCACGAUCAUCGGUCGCCUCACUGUCACAGACCCAGGCAACGUCAUGCCGUCCCUGCGCAAGACCCUCAUCCAGCUCGUCACCGGCCUCGAGCUGAGCAACAACAGGACUAAGGAGGAGAGCGCGCGGCUCCUGGGCAGCCUCAUCCGAUCGUCGCACCACCUCAUCAAGCCUUACGUCGGUCCCAUACUGGACACCCUGCUCCUGGAGUUGUUGCACAGCAGCACGCGCAACCCCGCUGUUGGGUCUCACGUGUUCGCGACGAUCGGUGAGCUGGCCCGCGUGGGUCGCGAAACCGUGGUGCCGCACCUGCA